AUGACCCUGAUCUUCAUGCAAGCAGUCUGCCCUUACAACAGGACAGUGGUCCUGCACAAGGCAGAGGAGCAGGGGCGUCUGGGUCCUGGCCACACCCUCCUGCCUUUGCAGCAGCUGCUGCUGGAGAAGAAAAAAGAGGCAUCUGUCAUGUGUGUGGAAGGAACCACGAGCCCCAAACCCCUGCCCCCUGAGGGUGUGAAGGCCAACCUCUCCAAGAGACACAGGGACAGGCUGAACCAGGAGCUGGACAGGCUGUCUGGCUUGCUGCCCUUCCCCAGAGAGGUGUGCACCAGGCUGGACAAGCUCUCCGUUCUCCAGCUGGUGGUUGGGUACCUGAAGGUGAGGAGCUACUUGAUGGGCAAGCAUUUGACCACCAGCUGGUACCAGUGGAGAGGUGGAUCCCAUGAGGAUGUGCAGGUCCUGCCACCACAGGAGCUGGAGUCUUGGUGGGUCUCUGCUCCCCUGCCCGUGGCGGAGAGCAGGAGGAACCCCCCCAAGCUCUGUGCUCAGACCUCUGCCAUCUCUGCCCUGCUGCAAGCAGGAAGGAAGGAGGAAGGGGAGGAACAUCUGCAGAGGAGAAACCUGCAGCUGCCGUUUGGCUUUGCCACGGGGGAAGCAGUUCUGCAUGGGAAUGACCUUCCUGGGUGCCUAGACUUCUCCCAGGCUCAGGAGGAGUUGCAGACACAAGUGAACUCCCACUCGAAGCAGUGCUUGGUAGACCCCAGCUCUCUCCUUGGGGCCAUGAGGAAGCAGGAUGCAUCCAUAUGCCUCUCCCACGCUGACCAUGCCCCCCCCCAGGUCUCCUUGCCAGGUCUCGUGGCUGAGCCUGAGGGAUGGAGCCAGAAUGAAGAAGUCAGUGAUGCCAAGGAGGACAGUGACUCCCUUCUGGUCACUGUCGAAAGCCUCUUUGAGAAGUGUGAGGUGGACAGCAACACCUGCCAGAGCCUCAGUGUGGACAGUGCAGAGCUGCAGCAGCUGGAGGAGGUUCUGCUCAGCUUGGGGGCAGAGGAGGAGCUGCCAGCUCAGGAGGUUGGUGAGAGGCUGGGCACCCAGGUGACCUCCUCUGUGGAGCAGGUGCUCCUCAGGGAAGAUGCUGGGAAGAGCGUGGCCUUCCCGUGCUGCAGUGGGUCACCCUGCAGUGAGGAAGAGGCUGCUCUGGCUCAUUUCCAGCACUGCUGGGCAGCUAACUCAGCCUUUCCAGCCCCACCUCAGCCCCAGGUACCUGGUGCACAAGGCCAGGAUGCUGCAGUCUGUCUAGUCUCUGUUCCAUCUGAGAUCAGCUCGGCUCACCCAGCACUGCAGGUCCCAUCUCACCCAGCCAGAUGGACCCAGUGCUGGCUGAGGCUGAGCCCAGCAGGGAUGGUGGUAGCACCUCCGGGAGAACGGAUUUUAAAAGGGUGA